CCCAGCUCCAGUACGGGAUAAACCACACGACCAUCCAGACCAGCUCCAACACUCGGCAUACAGGCCGGCCGGAGACACAGAGGAAGAUGAUGAUGAUGAUGAUGCAGUCAGGCCUGGAUGACGUGACUAAGCAGAGGAUGUUGCAGGCUCAGGCUCUGUGUAAGGAGGCCAGGGGAGAGGGUCUGAACCUCGGGAAGAAGAUCAGCAUCCCAAAGGACGUGAUGAUGGAGGAGCUCAACCUGCCAUCUAAUCGAGGCUCUCGCAUGUUUCAGGAGAGACAGAAGAGGGUGGAGAGGUUCACACUGGAGAACAUCGCUAACGACGCCUACAACACCAACACUGUCCAUCCAGAGGCCUUUCUUCCCCCACACAUCUUCGCUCAGCCACAGGGAGAAAAAGAGAACCAGGCUUUCUCCAUCCCUGGUAAGCAUAGCCUGGUCAUGAACCUCCAGAAGACUGUAGCAAAGAAGGGCAGUCCAGAUGUGCUCGCUCCAGGAUAUUCUGGCCCCCUGAAGGAUAUUCCUCAUGAGAAAUUCAACACAACAGUCAUCCCCAAAUCCUACAGCUCCCCAUGGAGCCAAUCCUUGGGAGACAACAUAGAGCUCCUGGAAGCCCUCCGCACCCAGCUGCCCCAGCUCCCACAAAGACAACAGCCUUCCAACUACAGGAGCUUCAACAGGUCUGCCAUGCCAUUCUGCGGAGCUGCGGUCAGCGAGAGGGUGAUCCCAGCGAUUGGCUUUGAGGCAGUGGAAUCCCAGAAGCUGCCCGACAUCGCUCUGGGCCGCAUGUGUCCACGGACCAACUUCAACAGAGCACCCAGGGGAUGGGGUAUUGAUUACAACCCUGAAUCUAAUGAACUAUGAAAAGGGGGCUGAUCCACUAAAGAACCGACCCUAUGCUCGCUGCUCUCUUCCAACAAAGAUAAUCCCUCUGCAGAAAGGAGAGAAAACCACUCCUGCAUGAUAGUUAAAGUGGUUUGCUACUGCUGAGAGGUUUGACCAGAUGAGCUAAACUCCAAAGACUGCUGAAUCAUUUCAUUAGCGCAGUAGAGGCCAACACAGUGCUGUCACAGGUUGAACAGCUUGGUUUCCUUGUUAUCCGUAGCAGUACCUGAUCCCGUCAAUGUCAAUACCUGACACCCUUCUCUUCCAACUCCCAGUCUUCAUCUGAUAAGUGUCACACUGACUUUACAUCUUUCCCCCAUUUGUCUCCUGUUAUGUGUGAGAGCAAUAGGAGAUAACCCUGCCCUUAAACAACACAAUUAGUAAUGACAAAUAUGUACGCUGCAAUGAUCAAUGACAAAAUUGCAUCAUUUUAAUGAUGAGUAAAAAGAACAUUCAAAGAAAGCCUUACAAUAAACAAAGUCAUUAUGCUGUAGGAUAUUAAGAUUGUGCCAAAUAAAAAAGAAACUGAAAAUGAACAAGUUUAAAAA